UGUUUCAUUCGAGGAACUACUAACAAUGACGGAGAGAGAUUAAUCAUGGGAGUAAAUCCAUGGGGCUCAGUUAUCGUUACAUUCCCCUCUCCUUGCAUGUUUAUGUAACCUAAUUGUUCUCCUUCAAUCCCGCUUCCUCGUAGAAUUAUCACCGGCCCAUAUAGCAAAACAAAUGCUCAAACUGAAAUGGUCUUUCAGCACCAUUUUCUUCUCCUAGAACUCUCCAAGAUUUACCAAUCCCUUUCAAGAACCAAACAACUGCAUGCUUUUAUCAUAAAAACCCACCUUGCCCACGACCCGUUUUAUGCAACUAGAAUCGUGAGGUUCUAUUCUAUCAAUAACGACGUCGGCUCUGCUCGUAUCCUGUUCGACAAAACUCCCCAUCGGAGUGUUUUUCUCUGGAACUCAAUAAUUCGUGCUUAUGCCAGAGCCCACAACUUUGGUGAAGCGCUCUCUUUCUUUAACAUGAUGCUUAAAACUGAAACUAAACCUGAUAGUUUUUCUUAUGCUUGUAUCAUACGCGCGUGCUCUGAGAACUUUGAUUCAGAUGGAUUGAGACUUGUUCACGGUGGAGCAAUAGUUUCUGGGUUAGGAUUGGAUUCCAUUUGUGGAAGUGCAUUUGUGACGGCUUAUUCGAAACUGGGUCUUGUUGAUGAAGCCAGUAGGGUUUUUCAUGGGCUACUUGAGCCGGAUUUGGUAAUGUGGAAUUCACUUAUUUCUGGUUUUGGGCAUUGUGGAUAUUGGGAUAAAGGGCUAGAGAUGUUUGGUAGAAUGAGAAGUGAGGGGAAGCAGCCAGAUGGAUAUACACUAGUUGGCUUGCUCUCAGGUUUAGAAUGUUCCAGUUUAGUGAGUAUUGGCGAAGGAAUACAUUGCUUUUGUUUGAAAACUGGUUUUGAUUCUAAUGCUCAUGUUGCUAGUGUGCUUGUGAGUAUGUACUCGAGAUGUAAGUGCAUGAACUCCGCGCAUAGAGUUUUCUAUAGCCUAUUCCAGCCCGAUUUAGUUACAUGGUCUGCUUUGAUAACUGGAUAUUCUCAUUCUGGUGAUUAUGAGAAGGCAUUGUUUUUCUUCAGGAAACUGAAUGUGGAAGGUAAGAAGGCAGAUCCCGUUUUGACCGCCAGUGUACUGGCAGCUGCCACUCAAUUGGCAGAUGUAAGGCCUGGUUGUGAGAUACACGGUUAUGUACUUAGACAUGGAUUUGAUUCGGAUGUAAGGGUCUCCUCUUCUCUCGUAGACAUGUAUUCGAAGUGUGGUUUUCUGGGCUUGGGGAUUCGUGUCUUUGAGGUUAUGCCAAAAAGGAAUAUAGUUUCUUACAAUGCAGUAAUUUCAGGGCUCAGUUUGCAUGGACUUGCCUCCCAGGCCUUCAAAAUGUUUGAAGAGGUACUGGAAAAAGGAUUAGUACCUGAUGAGUCUACUUUCUCUGCUCUCCUUUGUGCUUGCUGCCAUGGUGGCCUUGUCAAAGAUGGCCGAGAAAUUUUCAAAAAAAUGGAAAAUAUAUUUGGGAUUCAAGCUAGAACUGAGCAUUAUGUUUACAUGGUAAAACUCCUUGGGAUGGCUGGUGAAUUGGAAGAGGCUUACAAUCUUAUCCGGUCAUUGCCAGAACCAGUGGAUUGUGGCAUCUGGGGAGCCCUUUUGUCAUGCUGCGAUGCCUGUGGAAAUUCUGAGCUGGCAGAAAUUGUAGCUCAUCAGCUUUUUGAAGACAAUCCUGAGAAAAAUGCUUACAGAGUGAUGCUUUCAAACAUAUAUGCUGGUGAUGGGAGAUGGGAUGAUGUGCAGAAGCUCAGGAAUGAUAGGACAGGAGAGCUGAGGAAAAUGCCAGGGGUUAGCUGGAUUGGAGGCAGAGGUCAUUAACUUUUGAAAAGAUAUAUAAAUUCUUGAUCAACCUUUCCUCAGACCAUCCUGUGGCAUCAUAUGGAUAAGAAACCGUGUUAUGAGACACUCUUGCAGGGGCUUCAGCUUCUCUGCAUGAUCAUCAAGCAAACACAGCAUAUCUGGCUGCUCCAGUGUGUUUACAAACUGCAAGUCUUGGUGGACUGCUCGAGAACAUGAGAGGAAAUGUUGAGAGCCUCAAGUUUGCCAGACAGAACAACUCCACAAAACCCUCCCCUGUUUGUCUUCCCUCUCAACCGUUCACCGUGCAACAAGUUUCCUAGUCAAUACGAGUUCUCAGAUAGAUGAGACAAACCUAAUCUUAAGGUGGUAAGCCCAUCUGAGGAGCCAAACUUGCCUACUUGUUGAGUGUAUGUUUUGCUUCUAAUACAAGCUCAAAAGCCCCCUAGCCCCCUAGCCCCAUGCAUCUUCUCAGUAGAGACAAAUAGCUCACUCAAUGUUCUCUUCAGCCACGUACAUAACAUGUCUCACCAUCAUCUUAGUUGAAUUGGUAAGAAAUUCUCCCGGGGUACCACCACAGACACUAAUUCCAGGAAAGAUCAUGACACAGGAGGCUCUCAAUCUUCCCAUUACUAAUGGCAGCUCCAUGUUGGUGUGCUUAGAGAUCCCUUUGAAUCGUCUCCUGAUAAUUCUUCCAUUGUUGAAGCAGCUUUUCUUUUUCAUUCACUUCGCAUGCAACAAAGUUGGUUUCUCUCUCUCAUGCAAUGUAGCUCAAUGCAAUGCCUAAUUUGCACCCAAAAAAUAACUUGAAUUACCAUACAUUGGCAUUCUGUUUUAUUCAAAUUCCAGUUUGAAAAUUCUGGCUACCACCGAUCGAGAAGAUUCGAUACUUGA